ACGGCUGCAUUGUAUGCGAGCGUCACCGCAUUCAAUGUUGCUUCGUGUAGCAACAGUAGCUUGUUCUCACUACUAAAAUUAGUGACCUAGAUUUUCACUAGCGAUGCGGUUAAAUGUCACGGGCGGGUGUGUAGAGGUAUCUCCCGUCUUCAUGUCAAGAAAAGAAAAGUCCUGGAGCUAACUCGCGGUUUACGGGGGCGUUCAGCCUACAGCAAAACUUCUGCAAGGACUUUGUUCAGAGUUUAAAUUCACGCUAAAAUCGCCAAAAUGGAGAUUCACGAAGGAGCAGCAGCGACAGGCGACAGCGUGCUCGACUUCUCCCGUCUGAAUCUGAACACAUUCAGUGCUGACAGUGUGAGCGACGAGAGGAAAAGGGACACCAGACAGCUCUACUUGAACAACAACCGACUGAACUCGUUGCCAGCGUCGGUCAGCCUGUUCUGCAACCUCGAGUUUUUGGACAUUAGCAACAACGGACUGUCGGCCAUCUGUGAGAGCAUUACGCGACUGACCAGGCUGAGGACACUCAUCGCCAAGAACAACCGCCUGGACGAGUUUUCGCUGCCCAAAGAGUUCGGCUCUCUGCAGCUGGAGGUGUUGAACUUUAGUGGGAACCGAUUUGAGGAGAUCCCGCUCCAGUGUAUGAAACUGCUGCGUCUGCAGUCGCUUUCACUCGGCGGAAACAGACUGAAAAGUAUACCUGCAGAGAUAGAAAACCUAACCAGUUUGGAGCUGUUGUAUCUGGGUGGAAAUCACAUCACAGCCAUUCCUCCUGAAGUGGCUAACCUGCCCUACCUCAGCUACCUGGUCCUAUGUGACAACCGCAUCCAAAGUGUCCCCCCACAGCUCACCAGGCUCCACUCACUGCGAUCUUUGAGUCUCCACAACAACUUGCUCACUUUCCUGCCGAGGGAGAUCCUCAGCCUGGUGCACCUGCAAGAGCUCAGUCUCCGUGGCAACCCGCUGGUGGUGCGCUUCGUCAAGGAGAUGACCUACGACCCCCCAUCACUACUAGAGUUGGCAGGACGUACAGUCAAGAGCCGAAAUAUUCCCUACUCCCCCCACGACCUGCCGUCAAACCUGCUGCACUACCUAGACCUGGCCAGCAAGUGCCCCAACCCCAAGUGUGCCGGCGUCUACUUUGACUCAUGUGUGCGCCAGAUCAAAUUUGUAGACUUCUGCGGAAAGUACCGGCUGCCCCUCAUGCACUACCUGUGCUCCCCAGAGUGCACCUCUCCCUGCAGCUCCAACCCCCAGAGCGACGCAGAGUCUGAGGAUGAGAGCAGCGUGCCCGCAUACCGCCUGCAGAGGGUGCUUCUGGGAUAGUACAACACGGAGGAGCCUGUGACCCUCCGGAGAAGCCUUGCCAGUCUGUCACUGUUUUUAGCAUUUAUACAGAGAUGAACUUGGCUUUCAGACUUGACCACACACAAACACACAUACAUCUCUCACACACACACUGAUACUGUUUAACAGUCAGCCUCCUACUGGUGUCCUGAAAAGACUUCUACUCCAUUUAAUGGAACUUUUCAGACAGGAAUCUGUUCCCUUUCUAACACUGCAUAAUAUGAGUCAACAAAACUACAUAGUUCCCAUGCAGCCAUGCAAAUCCACAGUAUGUCAGUCGUGACUCCAUCAAAGUGCUGGUCUCAUGGUCGAGCAUGGGAGGGCAGUAAAACUCAGUGAAGGCUGAAGGAGCGGCAGGGUUCUUUGCCCUUUCAGGGCAGCAUAACUUUCAUAUGACACUUGGUGCUUUUUUUGUAGCAACAGCACAUUAUUCUGCAUUUUCUGAAAGUUUUGACAUGACUUGUUUGACAUGUUUUGUUGUCCAGCUACUGCUCACACACAGCCAGCUUUUGUUUAAAUUUCUCAUGCCAGGUGAGCGUCAAAGCUGGUAUGCCAAUAAGGAAAACAGUCUAGGACUUUAUAAAAUGUCCGCAGAAACUACAGUACACUAAAUUGAUUGAGUAUGAUGCGUGAGAUGGCCUUAUAUGCACUGUGUGUGGUCCUGUUGGGUAAAGUUUUGUGCAAGUAUACUGUCCCACACAGUAGUAAAAGAUCAAGGCUUAUCUGUUUUUGUAAGAGAGGUCCAGCUGCAGAGCUCCAGGCUCGGGCCCACCUCCUCCAUCGGAUCUUUUCCAGCCCUAGGCGUGGAGAAGGAAGUCUGAAAUCAUGUACGCCUACCAGAGACAGUCUUCAGGAUAUGAUAGCAUGUGUUCAUUAGUUUGAAUAAGACACACACGCUUAACAAUACAGCCUAAUAUUUAGUUAUUAAACUAUAACUUUAAAAGUUAGAUAAUAAAACGUUAAGCAACAAAUACUAACCUUAUGAGUUGCUAUCAUUUGCUAGCUAUGUUAACGUUGUUAGCAAAGUAGCAGCAGCUGAAACAGACUUAAUACAAUGUAUUAAAUAUAUGCUACGUAGGGUAUUAUACUUAUUAACAGUACACUGUGCAAUAUAAUACAGUGGCAUGUAAACAUUAUUUACUGAUAAGGAAGCGCAAUAAACAAACAUGAUUUUCCACCAUGGGUCCGGGCAAUGUAGAUGGUCCCAGCACUGGAGGUGGCCAGAGCCUGGAGCUCUGCAGCGGGACACUAUCGGUUUUUGUCAGCAGCAUAGUCACUGCGCAUCAGCCGUAAACAUUUUUGUCCCGAUGGCACAGUUGUUAUUAAAUUAAUCCAGAACACGAGUUAAGUGAGCGUGUGGAAGAAAGCUUGUCCAGGCUCACUCGCAGGAAGUGGAUGUGGGGUGGACCAGGGAAAACCAUUCACUGUGUUCGCACAGAAACAAUAGCUAUUCAGUGAAACACAGUGGCAGCCUUCAUGUUUAUGUUCAGGGCUGUUAGUUUUCUCUGGGCAUAAGAAUAUGGAUGUGUGUGUGAAUGGAGCCCACAGUUCUGAAUUAAUUCUUUUGAGACAGAAACCUUCAUUUUUAACAGGAAAUGUUUCUGUUCCUGGUUACAUCUCUUCCUUCCUUCUUGUGUGGAGAGCUGGGAGAUUUUAAAGGCCUCCCCGGCAGGUCAUGUCCAUUAGCGAGGAGGAAAAACCUCCCACCGGCUUCACAUUAGACCUUAAUGUUUAGAAAACAGAAGAACGCUUCUCUAUGUUACAAUAAUCUCUACUAGAGCAUCUAAGUGCCUUUACUAAUGGUGACUUCUAACACAGCGGUACGAAGAAAUGUGAUACAUGCACCCUGAAAUGUGACAAGAUUAACAGUAUGAAUUAUGAAGUCAUUUUUUGAGUGAUUUUUGUACUCAUCCGCUAACAGCAGUAAAACAUAACCUUUUUAUAACAAAAUGCUUUUAUAGAAAUCCUUUUUCAAAUGUUAAACACUAUGGUACGUAUUUAAAUGACCUAAAGAAUAGAUGGCACUUAAAAAAAGCAGAAAAUAUAUUGAGAUAUAUUAAUUGUAUUUACUUGUACCCCAUUCAGAUAAUGUAAGUAGACUGUACAGUAUAUAAUAACAAAAAUAAAGACUGAUUGUAAUAUCUUUCAA